CCAUGGAGACCGGCGUCGCUUAGCAAGAUUUGUGCUGAGGACGCGCGCGGUCGAUUUCCCGGGUAAAGUUCUGAUCGAACGUUGGAAGCCGAGCAGCUCAGGGCUGGCGCGUGGCGGCCCCGGGGGAGCAUGAGAAGCAGCAGCAGCAGCACUUCCCGCGGGGCCUCUGCCUCUGCCAGGCUCAUCGAUGUGACCAGUAACGCGCCAUUGCUGCUGCCACCUGCCUCGGCGGCAGCCUCGCUAGAAGCAGAGGGAGCUCAUAAUUAUUUUCUGUCGGAUGUUCCUGUUACUCGAGAGCAGCUGUGCCACUAUCGGAUUGCAGCAGAAACAGCUCGUAGUGAGCUAGCAGCACUCCUGGUGAAGUAUGAAUGUUCCCAGGCAGAGCUUCAAGAUCUUAAAUCCAAAAUAGCCUCUAAAGAAGUAUCUGUUCAGGAACUGAAGGCUGCCGUUGAAAGCUAUAAGGAGAAUGAUGCCAGGCAAUCUUCUCUACUCCUCUCCAUGCAAAGCAGACUCCAGGAGAUUGAGAAGGAAUCUGGAACAAUUGCCUUUUCUAAAAAACAAACAGACCUGAAAGCACAGGCCAUUCUCCAGGAGAAUUUGGAACUGAAAGAGAAAACCAAUGAACUGGAAAGUCAAGUCAGAACCUAUUUGAAUGAGUCUGAAGAGAGCAAGACCCAAGCCUCUAAGGUCAGCAGGGUGCAUAAUGAAUUCAUUGCACACCUUUGGCAUUUCUUUGACAUGAGCAUAAUAGAGAAAGAAGAGCCACAGGAAAUGCUGCUCUCAAAGAUCAGUGACAUGCAUGAAGAAAAUAAAGUACUAAAAAGAAAGAUUGCCACACUCCAAGAGACCACGAAUGUUCAUGACAUGGAGUCAAAAGCAAAUAGAGAAACCAUCAUGAGGCUCGUCUCAGAACUGAGCAAAGAACAGAAGCAGGCAGCAUCCUGCUGUCAAGACAUGGAAAAGUUAAGUAAUGAUCUGAGCAGCACUACGGCAGCUAAGCAGAGCCUCGAGAGGGAGAUCAGAACUCUCCAAGAGAGGCUGGCUGCAAGUCAAAGGGCUUGGGAAGUGUCACAGGAGGAAAUGAGCCACCUAAAGAAAUGUUGCCAUGAGAAAGAAGAGAACCUGAAAACAAGCAUGGAAGAGGUCAGGGCUGAAAAGCGUCUGCACGAUGCAUUUAAAGAGCAAAUCAUCACCCUGCUUGGGAGCAGCUGCAUUAUAGCCAGUCGAUCUGAGGAGGACAUUGUAGAAAAAAUUCGAGAAAUUAUUCGCAUGGAGGAGAGCAAAAAAACAAUGGUACCCCAGCUUGAAAACCAAAUAGCUAAACUGACUGAGGCACUGGAGACUCAGGCUGUAUCACACCAGGAAGUUUUGCAGAGGACCAGAAAAGCAGAAAACAAAUCUGAGACACUUCACGAUCAAUUGCUGUGUCUGGAAGCGGAGCUGGUAUCUGGGGACGUGAUACGAGAUGCUUUGAAGCUCGAGAAACAAAAAUAUCUUAAAUUCCUGGAUCAACUUUCUGAAAAGAUGAAUCUUGACAGAAUGGCAGCGGAUAUUGGAUUUGAUAUGAGGUUGGAUGCAGUAUUGGCUCGUGCAGACCAAUUGAUCAAACUGGAAGGAGACACGUUAACUGAGAAUAAGAUCAUGGCUCGCAAUCUACAAAGAAAGUUGAGAACUCAAAAAGAGCAGCUUGACAGCAAAGAGCUACACAUGAAACUUUUGCGUCAGAAGAUAGCACAGCUAGAGGAGGAGAAGCAAGUGCGCACAGCCCUGGCUGUGGAGAGAGAUGAUGCCAACCUGAUGGUCAGGAAGCUACAAAAAAAGCUGGACAGAUUACAGAAUGAACUUGUCUUAGCAAGAGAAACAAAUACAGACCUGAAAGCUAAACUGGCUGACACCAACGAACUGAAGAUCAGGACACUGGAGCAGGACAGAACCAUAGAAGAUCUAAGCAAGUCCCAAGAGAAACUGGAAAAGAUGAAGACAAAGGCUGAGAAGCAGCUGACCUCUGUCAAAUCAGAGUUGCAUGAUGUAGAGCGUGAAGCAAAGGAAGAUAAAGAGAAGGCCAAAAGCAGACUGGAAUCUGUUACCAGUGAACUGGGAACACUUAAAUCUACUCUACAGGCAGUGAUGAAAAGAGAGAAACAGCUGGCGGACUUCAGAGAAGUCGUCUCCCGAAUGCUGGGUCUCAAUAUUGCUACCAUUGCUCUUCCCGACUAUGAAAUAAUUACUCGUCUAGAGGGGCUGAUCCAUUCCCAUCCACAUCACUUUGUUCCCUGUGUCUGCUUCAAAGAAAUGUCGGUGAGGAAAGAUGGGUCAUUGCAGCUUCUUCACUGAACACGUUCCCUUUGCAACAGUAAUGAAUUCCUUCAGUAGCACCUUAAAGACCAACUAAGUUUAUAUUUUGGUAUGAGCUUCUUCAGAUACAUCUUCAGAUACAUUUCAGUGUGCAUGCACACGAAAGCUCAUACCAAAAUAUAAACUUAGUUGGUCUUUAAGGUGCUACUGAAAGAAUUUUUUUAUUUUGCUUCGACUCAGACCAACACGGCUACCUACCUGUAACAGUAAUGAAGACUGAGUAGAAUUCCUGUCCUCGUGGUCCUCUUCUCUUUGCUAGUAUAAAUGUUCCAGGAUUUGACACCGAAUGUUGGUGAUAAAAUUAUAGAGGGCCUACAGUGUGAGUGCUUUUUUAAAAAAAUGUAAAUGUCUGUAAUAUGUUUCAGAAGAUCAAUACCCAUGAAGUUCAAUACCCAUGAAGUAUCUUAAUAAACAGCAUUCUGUUACAGCUGAACAUCGUAUGCACUGGAUAUUAAAAAUGGAAAGAACAUUAUUACUGUUGUCAUCCAUUAGUGGGAUCUGGCUCAUAGACGCUCCCUGAGCUCAAUUUUGAACAGUUCAUCUGCCCCAGCUCACCCCAGAGUAUUUCACAAGUCAUUAAUAUUCCUUUGGCUGGACACAAUAAUCAGUUCAGCACUUUCACACCAAGGCAUCCCAGUUUGCAUUCUUUCCAGUCUUUUUUAUAGCUGUUCUCCACUACAGUACUUUUGGUUUUUUUCUACUCAAGCUGGCACAUUACAACUGUCUUUAGUUAACAGAUGAAGAACAUCCUAAAAACUGUGCCAAAGAUUCUUUUUUUGAAAAAGAGAGCUCUUCAACAGGAUUUUUGAUUUCCCUCUUACCUAUCACUCAUUUAUAUUUCUUACGACAGGUUACCAGUUUUUAAAAUUGAGAGCAAAUGGGAAUAACAUGACAGAUUAGUUGCAGCUGCAGAAUUCUUUGGACAAAAAAAAUAGAAAAAAGAUGAAUCCAAGAGCUCCACCUCAUUCAACACGAAAUCCUGCAAAGAACACUCUGUUGCACUGCUCACAGAUGGACACAGAUGGACACAGAUGUGCAAGUUAGAAUCCUAGCCCCACUUUAUGCAACCCCUGCUGCUUUCUGAAGCUGCCCAAUUCUGUUAUCCCGUUAGAAUUUAUUUCUUCCCAUUUCUGCUUUUCCCUUUCUUACCCCUUCAGUUUGUGUGCAUACAGCACAGUAAAGUCAGAAAGGAGUUACUUUCACUUGCUUUCCAGAACAGCAGCUGUAUUGGUCUGCAGUACUGAAAACGAAUAAAUCUGUAUUUGACAAUAUUCCCAAAUUUUAUGCAGGUUUUCCAGCUGAUAUGACUUGUGCUGCUGUAGAAACCUUGUCUGACCUCUGGAACAUCUGAAUGGUUCAGUCCGUUGACAUGAUUGCCCCAUAGUGCCCUCUCCUGCUUAUGGAACCUGCUUGGCUCCCUGGUGUACUCCAGAGCUUAGAGUGAGAAAACAAUCGAACACUGUUGAAGCAUCAUCACCAUGCCUGCCUAGUGGGAGUGAAUUGAAUCCUCAUUGUGCCAACUGGCAGAGCUUUUCCAGUUCUUAAGAGUCUAGCCAGAAGGAAGUGGCAGAACCGCUAUGACUUGUAUGCAAAGCAUUUUGAGGAUAAAAUCGUUUGAAUCCAAUGAGAUCUUGACUCUGCUGUUACAGCAGAUAUCAAAGAGUGUCCAGAGCAGUUUCUAGUCUGGUUGUGUUGGAUGAGUUUCAGUUAGUAAGGCUCAAGGAUGUGGACAAAGUGCACAAGGGUCCACUUGUGCACAGGACCCUUGACCUUCUAAGACCUGAACCAAUGGAUUCAAGUCAGAAGAAAUAAGAUUCUGCUUAAACACCAGUAAGAGCUUUCUGACAAGGAAGAGUUGUUUGACAGUGGAACAGACUCCUACAAGAAGUGGUAGACUCUCCUUCCUUUGAGGUUUUAAAGCAGAGGUUCAUAGAAUAACAGAAUUGAAUCACAGAAACUUUAUUGGGCAAGGUUCUUGAGCAGGUGGUCGCGGACCAUAUUUAGGUGCUCUUGAAGGAAACUAAUUUUCUAGAUUGAUUUCAACCUGGGUUUAGGGCCAGUUUUGGCACAAAAACUGCUGUGGUCACUGUAUGAUAAUAAUUUUGUGACUCCUCUCAUCUUUGAUGCAGCUCCUCAUGUCCCCUCUGAAUCUACCCGAGAGGGUUGGGCAGAUUUGGGGGGAGUGGGUACUGUAGGGAGAGGGAUUGUCAGAAAUUGCCUUUUCUGUUCUGCUGUCUGUGAGUAGAUUGGAUACCAGCUGCUAAGUAUAUAUUUAAUAGCUUUUCAAAACUUUCAUAACUCAAGCUCCCAGUUCUUUCUUUUUCAUAAAAACACACAGAGACACCUGGCUGUAAUUUAAUCAAUGGAAACUGACAGUGCUCUCUAAGUUGUAUUGGAGAACAUUUGUAGAAAGGUGAUCUAUAAACCUUUUAAAUAAAUAUCCUUUCAGCUGGUUAGCACACACUCUUGACUAUACUCUGAAGUAAAUCUGUUGAUUUCAUUGAACGUGCUUCCUAGCUAAUGUGCCUUGGGCUUCAAUCCUAUGCAGUACACAAUUACCUGGGAGUGCGUACACUGAGAUACCUGCUUCUUCCAAUUAAAUGUUCAUAGGAUUGCACAUGCUUGAAAUGCUUGAAAAUACAGAGGACAGAAGGGAAGCAGGGGGUGGGAGAUCAACCCCAAUUAUUUGGUAAGGAUAAAAAGAACAAAUCUUUGUGUAUGGAUCCAUAAACAGGGGCAGUUGGGAAAGAUUUUGUAUUCAUGUACUGUAACUCAAAGACAUAAUAAUCUGUGGCUACAACUCUCAUAGGAAUAAAUAAGUUUUAAUAUUGACAGUACAGUAUUCGCUUUUCUCAUGGAAAAGUAUGCUCUUCUGUGCUCGUUUAGCCAGAGCAAAUAAAAAUAAGUCCAAUGUGCACAAAGUUCAGAGGGGUUAUUAAACUAUGCAAUUAGUGUCUGCUGAAAGCAAAACUUGAGAAUUUUUAAUUUAUAUUAUUUAAAUCUAAAUUUUUGUUUUUGAUAAUAUCACACAUAGCUGUCUUAAUCUAGAUAUACUAAGAGCUUCCACAAAAAUAGAAACUAUAAUUAGAAAGUUAAGCACCAUAAAAGUAAAUCUUAUACAAUAAUUUGUGGGUUUGGAAGAGAGAAUACAGAAUGAAUCAACUGGCCUUUGUCAGAAUUAAGACCUAAAAAAUUCAUGCUACAGCUAUGGCAUAUAUUGUUUAUCAUCAUAAAUGUAUAGCAAUUAGUUUCCAGCUACUGAGGAUGCUUCUAGGUGAUAGGUUAAUAUGCCAUAUGGAUUGUUGAAGUAUCACAAAUGGUGUGGUGAUGUAGAGAAAUUCAGGUUUCCUGGAGAGAUUUUCAGGAUUGUAGAUCACCCAACAAAGGAGAGUGACCCCCACCCCAUGACCUUACUGUCAACUUGUUGAGUGAGAGGCUAAGGAUUUGUGUCAUAAAAAUCUUACCAUGUACUUGUUGACAGCAGCCCAUAUGACAGCAUCUAGGAACUGGAAGAAUAGAUUGAAGAAUAGUUCAACAGAAUAUGGCAAAUUGUCCUAACAGAAAAGCUGAAAGCAGAAAUGACAGUUCAGAGAAUACAAAAAUCAAGAGAAACAUUUCACAAGGCUUCAUUUCGCAUGUGCAAAUAGGCAAGGACCUGGAAUAACUCUGCCAGACAGUGCAAAGAACAUUUAUAGGUUAAAGUACAUAAUGAUUCUUUGCAAACUAUUCCUAUAAAUAUUUGCUUAAUGCUCUUGGGGGAGGAGGGGGGAAAGGGGCUUGUAUUUGCUUAGGUUGUUUCAGAAAAUAUAUAUGAAACAUCAUAACAACAGGUUGUUGUUGUUUUUUAACUUAACUGGAUUUUCCCUUAAAUUGAGAUUAAAAGACAAAAGAAAAAGAUUACCAUUUGAUGACAUCAUGUGACUGCUGCAAGAAAUUUCCAUGAAUAAGGAACAUUGAUCACCACAAUAAGUACCCUCUUGCAAUUUUAAUUUGGUUAAGCUUUGGACUGUAGUCUCUAGUAAUCACUAUUUGAAUUGACAGAAAUGUCAUUGCUAUAGAUUUACAGUAGAAACUUUCUGUUUUACUGUUUGCUUUUAAACAACUGUUCUGAUCAGUGUGUGAAAAUAAAUCUUUGGAGGUUUACUGCUGCCUCUGCUUGUCUUUUAUUUAACCCCAUUUCAAUUGGCUGGCAUUACAAUAUGCUACAAAUAUU